AAUUUUACAAUACCUUUCGCCAUCACACUUCAAAACUUCCAACACACCUUAUUUCUUAGCAAUUUAGAGACCCCAAUGGCGGACAAUAACGUGCCCGUCAUUUCCGCACGACUCUCGAUGCAAAAAUACACAGUCGAUGCCUGUCGAGCGGCUAUCAGAGGGGAGAUGGUCCCCGUCGCCUUGGGCCUGGAACUCUCUCGUUUGUGUGUCAUCCGUGGGAUGCGAUAUCACACCGGCUUCGCAAAAGAGCUGCACGGAACUCUUCCAGAAUUCACCCGCGCUCUAAAUGCAAGAGCUAUCAUGAGCAAUACCAUCCCUGACAUGGAUGGUUCACUGGAGGAAACGCCAUAUUGCAUCUGGCAUCCAGAAGUUGCAUCCGAGUCGACGUACCGUUGUCUGGUUCAGCGAUAUCCCCACAUGGCAUACCAGGUUGCAAGAGCAUGCGCUGUAGCUGGUUACAUAGACCUCUACCUGGAGUUGGAGAUCGUACCCGAUGUUCAUGUUGCCGAAGAAGCACGAGAGUGCGGGAAUACUGUAAUUUUCAAUCACAUCAUGGCCGCAUCUGUCACGUACUCUAUCAUGGACGACUACACUCGGUCUAUUGAUGCGACAAACUCGAAACCAUCCCAUUUGAAUGGAGAUACAGCAGUCCGUUGGAUGCUCGACCUCAAACAGGAGUUCACUCGUGCUGAUGUUGAAGAUGAAGAUGAUUUCAGCUUGUUUACGAGACGGGGAUUCGAAGAGCGUUACCUCAAUGUCACCGAAGAUAUGGGCAUUGACGAAUAUACAACUCCAAAAAGACCUGUAUAUGACAUUACGCCUCUCCUCUCUGCACCACUACCAGUGAACCUGCCGACCGUGGAGAAGGACUUGCUCAUCCUCAUGGCAGCCUACCACGGUGAUAUCGACCGCUAUGCUCGUCUGCGCAGGCCAGUCAUGAUCGAGAAGGAAGUGAACUGUUGUGUGCGAGGAAUAUAUCACAACACCAUGUUUGCCAUCUGGUGGGCUAGACAGUCACAUCCACAGUCCAAGCCUGCAGCGAUUGGCCAGGCUAUCAAGGCACGUUACAUCAUGAACAAUGUUCUGGAACCGAUCUCUUCCAACGAUUCUUCCUCGCUACCCUAUCUCAUAUCGUAUCCGGGGUUGGGACAUCCAUCGACAUAUCGCGAGCUUGCCGCACGUAAGCCCCUCAUGAUGCCCCAGAUCCUUCGAGCAUGCAUCGCGGGCAACUACGCUGAAUUGUUCCAGGAGCUCAUGACCAAGGCUACGAAGCCGGAUAUAGAGCUUCUCGUCAAACACCAAAGGAUUAUUGAUCCAUAUUUCCGAGAUGCUUUAAGAAGGCGUAUGGAGGAAUUGGGGUUUUCUCUUGCAGUGUCAUCCAACACUACCCCUGAAGUGCAACUCGGGGGGUGCUCGAGUGUGACUAUCCCCCGUGACGCGAGCACAGACUUGGUUGGAACUAGCUUCUCUUCUUCUUCCAAGAUGGAAUUCAUGAAUGGACUGCAAUGCGAUGUCAGCAUGGUCGAAUUGCUCGCGUGCUUGCCGGAAGAAUGGAAAUUGGCUGAGGGAGAGAAUCGUCACGUGGAGCUUGACUACGUGGAAUGGCCGCUAAACGAGGAAAAGCGAGGGGUUUCAUCUUGAAAAUAGAGUUAAUCAAUGGUCUAUCAUGUUUGGGUCGAUACGACAAUCUCACAAUUCAAUACUAUUGGAGCGGUUCGCGCUUGUGAGCUUGAUUUUUACGGCGCAGUCGCCAUGUACAAUACUGUAGCAUCGAUCAUUUCCGUUGCGGC